AUGGAGUCGGCCUUCCUGAACCUCUUGACAAAGCCAGGAUCUAUAUAUGGCAAUAUAACAGAGCUUAGAUUGUUGCUUAAUAUUUUCAGAGGUAAGCAAGUUAAUGGUCUAUCAAAACCUAUGUGUUAUGGGUCCUUUGCCUAUACAAGGACCUUAGACCUUAGUGACUCGGCCAAGGCCUGCGCUGUCCCGAAGGCGGUGAGCCACCUACAAGACUUCCUCACAACAACAAUCCUUCUUUCUCCUUUCUUCUUUAGCGAUUCCUUCUUUAUAAGGAGACCUUUUACUAUGACAAUGGAAGAAGAAAGUGUUGCAUUGUUGCUACAGCAGCUCCAGGAGCUCUGUACAGAGAUACAGACUCAGAAACAACAGCUCCAAGAAGAGAAUAACAGCUUACAGGCAGAACUACAGGCCGUACAGAACUUGCAACUAAGAAACCAUCCACCAGUUACCACUACAGUUACAUCCGCGACGCCCACCCCCUACAAACAAAGCUAUCCCUGUCCUUGUCACCUGGAUGUCAAACCCUUUACUAGAGAAGACCCUAAGGACUACCCUCCUUUCUAG